AUGAGUAUUAAAUCAAGUGACAAAGUACCAAGCAGACGUCUUAAUUAUCCGAAGACUAAAGUUAAACACAUAAAAUGUUACUUAUGUUCGACGAAUUUCUAUUUAUCAGAUCAUCCACACAUAAAAAAAAGACUGCCAGUACUGCUGAACUGCGGACACACGAUAUGCGACAGUUGUUCUCGAUUGGAAGUAAAAAAAUCAUGCGCUGCUUGUGCUGAUGGACCUGAUCCCGCUGCUGGUGGUGAUAAUGAUGUCGAGACGCUGUUUCCAAUGAAUGUCUACGUCCAUGGACUGGUCUAUCUUUAUAAAAGCAAACCACAUUCAAAUGUCCGGCCUAUCAAGGACGACACAUUUAAGUUUGAAAAGUCUUUAAAGGCACAAAUUAAUGAUGUCGAAGCUUCAGUCGUUGCAGAUUUUUGUAAUGAAUGCAGUAGUGUUGCUACAGCUCAAUGUUUAGGAUGUAACAAUGCGUACUUUUGUAGCAGUUGCUUCACUCAGGUACAUCAGCAUAAAGUAAAUAAAAACCAUGAAAAAUUGGUAAUCAAUCCACCGAAAACAAAUGCAGAGUCUAGAUCCGUAACGUGUUCAAUACACCUGACAAAUUGUCUCACAGAAUGGUGCAUCGACUGUAAAAAGCCUUGCUGUGAAAAAUGCGUCGCCCAGAGCCACAGCUCUCACAACCUUCAGCUUCUACAUACCAUGAAUCAAUCGCUGCAGGAAGAGCUCCAGGACGUUUAUGGCAGAGUCCGAGAUAUGCUGAACAACGUUUACACGUCCCAGUCGGUGAGUCAAUUUUUAUUAAUAUAA